UCCUGUGUGCGCUCCACUGUUUGCAUUGUGUCUGAGCAGCCGGCGAGCUUUACUAAAUAUUAUAACCACCGCGGCAAUGUCGGGCAGGUCGGUGCGAGCUGAGACCCGGAGCAGGGCGAAGGAUGACAUCAAGCGGGUCAUGGCCGCUAUUGAGAAAGUACGAAAAUGGGAGAAGAAAUGGGUGACUGUCGGAGACACGUCCCUUCGCAUCUACAAGUGGGUGCCUGUGACGGAGCCCAAAUCAGAUGAGAAGAGCAAGAAUAAAAAAAAGGGUAAAGAUGAAAAAUACGGCUCCGAGUUGACGACCCCAGAGAACAGCUCCUCUCCAGGCAUGAUGGACAUGCAUGACGACAACAGCAACCAGAGCUCGAUCGCUGACUCAUCCCCAGUGAAACAGGAGAACAGUUGUAGCACCAGCCCGGCCCCUGAGCCCACCACCUUGUCUCACCGUGAGAACAGCGAGACCAAGACUGACCAGAGCCCGGACAGCAAGAGGGGUAAGACCGUCCCUUCGUCAGAGACCUCAGAGAGAGCACCAAGUGCCAAGAGAGACAGCCUGUCCCCAGGGGAGAAGGACUCUCCAGACAGCAAAGCCACUCAGGACCUAGAGGCGGAGACCCCACCCACCAAGAAGAGCAAAGUGGAGUCCUCAUCUCAGGACUUUGAGGAGAGUUAAACGUGUGGGGCUGAGUCAUUUCUCCCCCUCCUCCCUCCCUCCCUCCCUCCCUCUCUCUGUACCUCCCUCCAUUAACUCCUGAUAAUUUAGGGCUAAUGGACACGUCGGCUCUCCUCCCUCUCCUCUUUCUCACCCCACCACUCCUUCCCUACCCAAACCUAUCAACACCAAAGGGAGAAUGGACAUCUCUCUUCCUCCCCCUCUCCCUUCCACCCUGAAGGCUGUCCCCCCCCCCUUCCACCCUCCAGUUUGUCCCCUUCGCCCUAACACUCCUCUGCCACAGAGGGAGAAUGGAUAUUACCUCUAUUCACUGGUCCCCUCCGUGCUUCCUUCCAGUUCUCCACACUUUUUCACUAAUGCCAAGAGAAGCUCUGAACCCAGGCUGCAAUCCCCUACGUGACCAGGGGCAGCGCUGUCAGCCCAGUCCAGCCACCGCCAGGCCAGACCGCAGACCAUGACCUGCAUCUGUGACUAAAAGAGUUAACACUGGGGAUCUGAGAUCGGGACGAGGUUGAUCCCGGACGCUGCUCUGAGGCCGCUUUUUAAAUGUUUCACCGCUAAAUGGUUUAGCUCAGGACAACUCAAGAGGCUAACCAGGUCUCAGAUCAGCGGCUGGGGGGUGACCACGUCAUGUCAGUCCUCUCGAUUCGCCUCCUGUUAGAUUAAUGUUCUAUAUUUGUUUAGGAAAUGUUUAGGGGUUUUUUUCUCAGGAGGGUCAAUGCACUGUUAUGGUAUGUCACAAUCGAUCACAGAUAGAUUUGCUGCUGUAGUGGAUGUCUUUUUUUCUCUAUCCAUGAAAGGUUCUCCAUUCACGUGUUCUUUUUUUUUUUUUCUUUAAAAUACAAGAAGUUAGCUUGUGGUUGGUAGUGGAGGAAGACGACGGUACUGGUUAAGAUACAAACUCUUGAAAAAGUAGUGACAGGCAUAGGUAGCGUAGGUCCUGAAGGUGUGUGCCUUGAGUUGCUACAAUGAAAUAUGUUUUAGGUCAAACAGGUUUUGAAUUACAAUCUUGGUGCCAUGUUUUGUUUUUAUGCCUUAUAAUCAUCGCUAAUCAGCUGUAUCCAAUAUUUCUAGUCCACUUCAACAGUUCGAUUUCAUUUAAAGGAAUAGUUUGACAUUUGUUUUCUUGCCCAGAGGAAAACAAGACUGAUGCUAAAGCUGCAGCUGGAGGUGGUUCGCCUAGCUCAAGUUAGCGUAGCAUAAAGACUGGAAACAGCUGGGAACGGCUAGCUCGACUCAAACAGUGAAAACAGUCCUUCAACGUCUCUAAUUGGGAAGUUGACACACACACAAGUAAAUGAAUGACACGUUUUCUUACAAGAAGUAGGUUUUUAUAUGUGGUGACUUCCUGAGGAAAAGUUUUUUUGUACAGACCGUUGGUGGAUUUUGUUGCCUUUGGACAGGACGAGGCGAACUGUUCCUCUGUUUCCAGUCGUCAUGCUAAGAUAACUCUGUUCAAUAUUCACCUGAUUCUAAUCAUAUUCAACGACAUGUUUGAACAGUUUCUUCAGAACAGUUGGAGACGGGAACUUCAACACUAACCAGAAGUUAAUGUCGUUUUGUUUCUGCUGGACAUUUGAACAUUUGAAGAAAAACCUGGCGAGUCAGAAUUCCUUGUCACUGGUCUGUGUUUACUUCAGGUGACACGUUGUUGUUGUAUUUUCCCCCCCUCUAAAGUAGAAACGGACCAGUGUCUCAAACUGGUUUUCUCCUCUGCUCCACCAUCUCGACAUGCAUUUACUCACAUUGUCUUCUGUACGUGUUCUGUGUAUCACUACUUAUCUAUGUCCCACAAAUGUUCCUGUAGCUCCCGAUACACAAGGCUCCGGUCUUUUAGCUCCGACUUUGGUUCUCCUCCUCCUUCAAGGUGCUGUCUGUCGGCUGAAUCCAUACACGCCCUUGGUUUUGUGCAGACUUGAACUUUAUUGUACGGAUUCAGACCUAUGACCUCUAAUGUACAACCUCACACAUGUAAGAUGUGCUUGGAUUAAUCAAUAUUUUCUCAUGAAUAUGGAUUGAAAUCAAUUGAAUCACCGCAAACCACCAACUUCAUGACACAACAGGGGCUAUAGAGGUGGAACGUGACACAGAAUGACUUGAUCAGAUCUCAUCAAAUCAGCGUUCACAUGGAUGGAGAGAAAAGAAAACAGUCUCAGUUAAGAGGAUGGAUUAGCAUAUACCUCAUUCCCAGUCCAGCAGCGCUGGAACUUAAAAUGCUAUUGUAUUGACAUUAACAGUUAUAAACAGCAUUAUGUACACUCAGUUUAAGAAAAAAAAUCUCACUCAUGUUGUAGCUCUCACCUGGUCGAGCCGAUUGAUUAUAGUUUGCUCAAAACUGUGCGUAAGGAAAAAAAAAGCUGUGAGAUAUAAAAUCUUGUAUGUUUUUUUUUCAUGGGACCAUUUUGUUUCACGUUAGAUCUUGUACAGAUUUAUGGUUUGGUUUGACUUAUUUAUUCCAUCAGUAGUGCUUGGUUUUUAUCAUGUCCAAUGGUUUUGUUUUCUUAAUAAAAUUCACAAAACUU